CCAACGAGCAGCGGCCCCAGAUCCGCCACUGCAAAGAGCGUCACAGCAGCGUCCUGCGCCAUGAAUCCAAGCACGCUUCCAGCGCGACAGUGACGAGCGCGUGCAAAGUGGCGAGGAUCCGCGUUGAAGAGCGGACUGUUGGUGCGUAAAAAGUCGACCCGAGGAGAAACUGCGCGUUUUCUUGGCGUGUUGCUUCCCGUCACUGGGAGCGAACCGGGCGGACUUCAGGGUCUCGAGAGGAUUUUUGUUCGAUUGAACGGGGAAUAUUCGGGGUCAAGCGGCAUCGACGACAUGGAGUACACGUCACCCCCCAAACCGCAGCUGUCGUCGCGGGCGAACGCCUUCUCCAUAGCCGCCCUGAUGUCCAGUGGGAAGUCCAGCAAGGACAAGGAGACGGAGGAGAACACCAUCAAGCCUCUGGAACAAUUUGUGGAGAAGUCCUCCUGUAACCAGUCUCUGGCUGACAUGUCCUCUCUGGACGCACACGGGGACUUCAGCGGGAGCGCGCCCGCCGUGUGCACGGAGCCGCUCAUCCCCACCAAUCCCGGCGUCCCUAGCGAGGAGAUGGCGAAGAUCUCGUGCAGUCUGGAGACUAAAGAGCUGUGGGACAAAUUUCACGAACUCGGUACCGAGAUGAUCAUCACAAAGUCCGGAAGGAGAAUGUUCCCCACUAUCCGCGUCUCUUUCUCCGGAGUGGACCAGGACUCCAAGUACAUCGUGCUGAUGGACAUCGUCCCGGUGGACAACAAGCGGUACCGGUACGCCUACCACCGCUCCUCCUGGCUGGUGGCCGGCAAGGCCGACCCCCCUUUGCCCGCCAGGCUCUACGUCCACCCGGACUCUCCGUUCACCGGAGAGCAGCUCAUGAAGCAAAUGGUUUCCUUCGAGAAAGUCAAGCUGACGAACAACGAACUGGACCAACACGGACAUAUCAUCCUCAACUCCAUGCACAAAUACCAGCCCCGCGUGCACAUCAUCAAGAAGAAAGAUCACACCGCGUCGCUGCUCAACCUCAAGUCCGAGGAGUUCCGCACGUUCGUGUUCGUGGAAACCGUCUUUACAGCUGUCACGGCCUAUCAGAACCAGCUGAUCACCAAACUGAAGAUCGACAGCAACCCGUUCGCCAAAGGCUUCAGGGACUCGUCGCGGCUGACGGACAUGGAGAGCAGGGAAAGUGUUGAGAAUCUGAUCCACAAACACUCCUACGCCCGGUCGCCGAUCCGGACCUACGCCGGCGACGAGGAGAACCUGGGCGAGGACGGACACGCCGCACACAGCAGAGGCUCGGCCUUCACCGCCUCAGACAACCUGUCCCUCAGCUCCUGGGUCACCACCACCUCCGGCUUCUCGGGCUUCCAGCACCCGCAGUCCCUGUCGGCCAUGGGCACCGGCGCCGCCUCCCUGCCGCACCCCAUCCAGGGCUCCCUGCCCCCCUACAGCAGGCUGGGCAUGCCGCUGACGCCCACCGCCCUGGCCGGAACCAUGCAGGGCAGCGGGCCGUCCUUCCCGUCCUUCCACAUGCCGCGCUACCACCACUACUUCCAGCAGGGGCCGUACGCCGCCAUCCAGGGCCUGCGCCACUCCUCCACAGUCAUGACGCCCUUCGUAUGACUGCUCAGCAGGCAGGAGGAGAGGGCUGGACCGGGUGCCCCCCGAUCCAGUGCCAGCGGCCUCAGCGCCGGCUAAUCACUGCUCAUUCAGUUUGUGUCUCCCCCUCUGGUCUUUGUAAAUAGUUCACCUGCAGCGCCUGAUGUUCGAGAACCAACAAGAAGAGGAAUUAGCGUCCUGAAAGCUAAUCCAGAAAAAAGACUUAAGGACCUCGAGGUUUCUACAGACUCUUUAGUGACACUGUACAAACACUUAUGACCUCAAUGCAAACUAUUAAUGUAGGACCAUGAAGGAGCAUGUUUGAUCCUGCCCUUGAAGAACAGGACUACUUCACAUGGUGCUUGGAGUCUGGGACAACGCGAGCAGGAAACGCUGUUUGGAGACGCGCGACGUGCUGGACAACGUCUGAACAUUUCAGCAUCUCAGCAUCUCAGCCUUUGGGCUGUUCAGUGUUUUCUAGCAGAGCGGCCAUCAGGUCCACCAUGAUGUUCAGCUGCAUUGUACAGAAACAAAUGACACAUUAGCCAUAAAAAAUUUUUAAGGAGAGGAAAAAAAAAAAAAACGCAUGCUGUCGACAGUAGACAAACACAAGGAAACUUCACAGGGAUCAAUAUUGGACGAAUCCGCUCAUUUAGGACAGUGGUGAAAGAGUUUCACUUGCUUUAAAAACCCCAAAUCCGUGAAAUUUGAGUGUGGAUCUGUUGAAAAAUCUAAAUUUGCGCCACAGAGCUUCGCUGCUAAUUCCUCCCUGUUGUCACUUAUUAUAGAACAUUGAAGGAAACUCCUGCAGCCCAAACAGUUUAUUCCCCUGAACCACCAGUCUGUGAAACAGGUGAUGAUCAUUCAUCUUUGUGUUUGACUUUGAAUUCAAGGUUUUAUAUUUAUGAAAUUUAUUUAAAAUGAACUACUUAGUGUGUGACAUCAGGCUGAGAAGAAAAAGCAAGCGCUCAGUAAAUCUAGUGUAAAUACAGACUUUCACGUCGAUCAGUUUUUGCAGUAAAGUCAGUUUGUUGAUGCAUGAUCACAGUAGAAAUCCACAGUAGAGUGUGACCAUUAGGAAGUAAAAGUGUCCUAGUGAUCGGCCUCCUAAAAGACUCGCUCACAUGAAGUUCACCGACACUAUGACUUCAUUUGACUCAAAUCAGCCACAAGCUCUCUUUCCACUGGAACCAGUAUAGAACCAGGCACAACGCAUUAGCCACACCUGGUGUUUGGACUGGUGAACUGGGCAGCGUCGAUGCUGACUGCAGCUUUUAAGCAGGUCUCACUGAGGUGAUGCAUGACAGUGUGUCGACAGCGUCCACACCUGCAAAUACUGGCUCUGACUUAAAUCGAGCAGUGCAUGAAGAGAAGUCCAGGUUUCUGCCCGUACAAGUGUCACCAAAACGUUCUGACUGCAUUCAGAUACAGUGCAUUUAGAGUUCAGCAGAAAGUCUCCAACAACUUUUUUCAAGUCAAAACAUAAAGAUGAAAAUUUCUUUUGGUUCUAAUGAUUAAUUAUCAGGGAAAAUGUAAAAUUACAUUUACUAAUAUUUAGAAGCCAAAAAGCAUAAGUUACACGUUGCUUACAUGUGUUUGCCCUUAAUUUUGACAAAACCAUUGUAGGAGUGGCUUCAGGUCAACUGAUCUGUUCGACUCGCUGCAUAAAGAGAACCCUCACAAGCUGAACAAUCCGUCUGAUUCUGACUCGAUGGACCUGUUUAAAUGAGCCGUACUGUAAAGGUAAGGGAUUGGAGGACUGGUUCAGUGCUGGAGUUACAGGCAUUCAGGUCCGACUCACCAGCCUCAGAUCUGCAUUAAAUUCAUACAUCGGUGCCUGUGAGCGAGCCUCAUGCAGAGCAGAGCUGCCUCAGCAGGACGGCUGCUCUGAGGAGGCUCCACCGAGAGUCAACAGUUCAAACAAGCGUCACCCAAAGAAUUCCACAUCUUCAGCACGAGGCCUGUUGCACUGGAACAUGCACAGAAAACUUGCAUUUUACAGAUUUUACGAGAAAACUCAGUUUUGCUUUGGAAAUCAAAUGUUUUUGCUGUAAAAUAAAAAUUUCCUUUUCCCUUUUUACACCAUAAUCUGAAUACCGAUUGUGUUCUGGAAAUGUCAUUGUGCAAUAUAUUUAUUUUGCUCCAUGGAUAUAAUAUGUAUGUACUAUGCCGCCUUUAAGAUAACAGUUAUUUGUAAACACUGAGAAAUAUAUAUCACCACCCAAAUGCUGAGUUAUUCUUUUCACUGACUGAAUUAAUGUUAUAGAGACACUGUUUUAAAGUUAUGCAGCUUCUAGAAUUUUGGAGAUUGAAGAAUAAAAAAAAUACUAAAUGCAAAAGUUAAUUUCACCCUUUUCGUAAAAAAACAGGCAAAUAUGGUUUAAAGGCAAAGAACCAGAGCGCGU